AUGGCGCUCGCAGUGAGCGCUCUCUCCUGUCGCCGCCCACUGCCCUUCAAAGGUUGGAACGUGGAAAGCCCGGUUGCUACAUGGAAACAUAUGCAGUCUGGCCGACUUACUGAGGUCAUAACAUUUGCGACAAAGAACACCAAGAGGAAAAGGAGAAGUUUUCCAAACGAGUCAAAGGAUUCGCUGUUGGUAAGUGAGGAAGCUUCUUCGGGCAGUGGAGGAAGUGCCAGCACAAGCCUUGACGUCAAUAGCGAGGAUGUUGCUACUGUCGAUCAGAUUUCAGGUGCCCCAAGGACUGCUGUUCUUCAGGCUUGCACUCUCACAUCAGGCUUGCUGCUUGCUGGAGGGCUUCUGCUUCGCCAGGCAUCACACCUAGCAUCUUUAAAUGGAUGGCCAAUUGCUGAUCCUACAGAUGUUUCAUUUAAUUUUGAAACUUGGCAUCUUGAGUUGGUUGCGGGACUUGUAAUAGUAAUCUCCUCUAGUAGAUACAUUUUGCUACAAACAUGGUCAGAUUUCAGAGAUUCCAGUGAAGCUGCAAAUAGACAAAUCCUUACAUCUCUAGAGCCUCUGGACUACAUUGUUGUUGCUUGUCUCCCUGGGAUGACUGAGGAGUUGCUCUUUCGAGGGGCGAUGAUGCCUAUCUUGGGACUGAACUGGAUUAGUGCCCUUAUAAUCGGAACCAUUUUUGGUGUUCUUCACUUGGGCAAUGGCAGGAAAUAUUCAUUUGCAAUCUGGGCAACAUUUGUUGGCUUUGCCUAUGGUAUAGGAACCAUAGCUUCCUCAAGCAUUAUAGUUCCAAUGGCUUCUCACUCCAUAAACAAUAUUAUCGGAGGUUUACUUUGGCGCAUUACCAAGAACUCACAAAAGUAA